ACACCUACUUUCUCAACCCGUCCCAAACAGUCUUAUCUGCACUUCCAGCUGUCACUAUAACACUAUACAAAACAUUCACGCGCAAUUCAAACUUUAACAGCAGCAACUGACUUCAAAAGUUUGACAUCGAUAAAAGUCGCCGUUUAAGAAAACAUAAGAGAAGAAACUCGGACGGAGGGCGGGAGGAAAGGGAAAGCCAGAGGGGUGUUUCCUCGCCAGGAGAGGAAGGAUUAAAGUAGUCAGAAAUAAUUCAUUAAACAGCGUGAAAUGUCUAAAUACAUUGACUUUUAGAUGACAGUCGCGAUGUCGACAUCAGUUUUCCGAUAAAAGCAUCACUCUCCAACGGAUGGAGGAGAAUCCAGAGAGCGACAGGCAUUAUGAGAGGACCACUGAUGACCCCUCACCCUCUGGCCAGGGGACCAAACAGCAGAGUGAGGAGUCCCCCCUGGGGGAUCACGACCUUCCCAUCAUGCAAUGGGAAGAUUUAAGUUUGCGAAUUGCAGAGUUAGAAAGGCAGGAAGAGGAAAGAAGGAAAAAAGCAGAGAGUCUGGGUUUAUCAGAGCGAGACAGAAUACUUGGAUGCUGGACAGAGUCAAAACACCAUUCACUUCACCUGGUGCCAUGGGCGGAUGAGAACGACUACAGUCCCUGCCGUGUCCCUGUCAUAACGUCACGGUUUAAUAGUCCUAAAAAUCUUCAGCUGUGUUUCAUCAACAACAGUGAGAGUGAGGAGGAGGAUGACGAAGGAUUAUUUAGCAAAGAGAGCUCGUGUGAGGCAGAGGUACGAGGAAAUUGCUCUCGGGGGCUAAAACAGGAAGUAAAAGCAGCACUCAGGGCUCUCAGAGACGAGCUAUGGGCCGAACAGAAGGAGAAAGAGCAAGCCACCCACAGUAACAUGAGCAUAAGGAGAAAGACUCUUAGCCUUAGUGAUCUGCAGACAUGCUCUUCACUGCAGCUGAAAGCGCUCAGGGCUUCGCUGAAUGAGGACAUUCAAGAUUUGAGCUCAGAACUGGUGAAACAUCUCGUAGUACGGGACCAUCUUCAGACUAAGCAAGAUGCUUUGCUCCUGGAUGUACAGGAUAUGACAUCAUUAUGAACGAUUUUUGUUUUGAACACUGCGUAACUGCAGUUUAACGUUGGCACUUUCUGAAAGCAGUAAUUUACUGUUACUCAUCAUAUGGACUAACAAAGGCCAGAAUAUCCUGUUUAUUCUUGAAGAAAUGUAGCCCUCUCAGAAACUUUUGUUAAAAUGUGAGUCACAUUGAUUAUAGUCACAAGUUUUAUUGUGGGAAAAAAGUGCCUUAUAACGAACCCUAAUGGCUCUGAUUCAUAUGUCACUUACGGUUUAAUUUUGCUUUCGUAAAUAGAGAAUAAAUUAAGCUGCUGUCAAAGCCAUAUGUGCUAUAACUGUGAUGUAUUAAUCAUCAGUUAGGCUACUUUAAGCAUUGCAUUGAAAUACAUUAUAUGUAAUCGUCAUGAAAAUAUAAACGUGGGCAUUUUGCUGUCUUAUGAAUGUGCCUUACAACUUUCCUGUGUAUCAAACUUACACAUGAGGCUGAAGUAUAUCUCAGUGCUAAAUAUUCACAAUAAUUUAAUAAAUCAUUUAUUUUAUAUUUUAUACACAGUCAUUAGCCUUUUUUGUGGAACUGAAAAGGCAGUUAUGGCAUACAUACUCUGCAUUAAAAGAUCAUUUAAGGUCCUUUUGUGUUUCCUCGGAUUGCUAGACACCCUCUUGAAGGUGCCUCAAAUAUCCCAGAAAGGAAUUAUAGAUUAAAGUCAUAAUUAAUGUUGUGGUAUUUCUUUUUAAUGAAAUAAUAAAUAAAAUAAAAUGCACAUUGUAUAUUAUGUGUAUUGUAUAUAUUAUAUAUUAUGCAUUUGUAUGAAUGACACUUGUAGCAGAAUAAAUGU